AUGAAGAUGUGGUAUCCCUUGCAAUCUCUUGCUCGGUGUGUGCUACUUGUUCUCCUUGUAAGCCACUGCCAAGGAGCCAGGAAGGACCAGGAUCUCAAAUGUGGAGGUAAGUAUUUGGACUUCUACCUAUUUACUACACUAGAACCCAUUUAAUCUCAUAAUUUGAUCUCAACACCCUUAUUUUCUACAUUGUGCAUCCACAUUUGGUCCACAUACCUUAAUUGAGCUACCUAACAUUUAGUUAUUCUACAUCAGCAUGUAGGGCCAUGGUGGAUGAGAUGGAGUGGGCGAUAUCCCAGGUGGAUCCUAAGAAAAUGAUCCAGACCGGGUCUUUUAGAAUCAACCCAGAUGGUAGCCAGUCUAUUAGAGAGGUAAGGGUACCUGAUGGCUACUGGGUCCUACAUUGGCCUUAUUUUACACAUUCAAUUAUUUAUUUGUAGGCUGGGAUUCUACAGAAUAAAUAAAAAAUACAUAGUCAUGUAUGAUUAGUGUUUUCUAUCGGGUUAUCACAUUCUCUCUUUUUGAGCUCACCAACAUUGUUGUGUCCCCCCCCCCCCCCCAGGUUCCCCUCGCCCGCUCGGAAGGUAACCUCCUAGAGCUGAUGGAGGAGGUGUGUGAGAGGAUGAAGGAUUAUGGGGAACUUGUGGACCCCACCACCAGCAGGAAGACCUACGAGAGGUUCACAUCUCGGGACGGCAAACCCAUGGACCUCUCAGAGGCUAAACUGGAUUCCAGAGUCACAUCCAGCCUGAAAUAUGCUGUGGGUAGCUUUUUCAUUUUCACAUGUUGGGGAGUAGGGACUAGGGACGAUGACAUGCUAUAGCUCAUCAGUGUGACAUUCUAGAACCUCUAAUAUAGUGAAUGAUAAUGGCAAUAAUGACUACAGUUGAUUGCAACGUUCACCCAAACAUACCAAUGCAGUAAGGGGGAAACUUUCCAUAUGUUUGUAUUGUGGAUUGCAAUCCAAUGGCUCCAAGCUCCUGCAACUCACUGAAAUGUGUCCCACUACAUCUUAUUAAACCAUUAUUUUCUCCAUCUUACCCCCAGUGUGAGACCAUCGUUGAACAACAUGAAGAUGAGGUCAUCGAAUUCUUUGCCCAUGAAAGUGACAAUGUCAAAGACAAACUCUGCAGCAACAGAACA